CCAAGUAGGGGACGUCCGCCAACAGUGGUCAUACCAAGUAUAGUGGCCACUCGUUGAUAUUAUUGAAAUGUGAUGUCUAGUAGUAGUAUCUUCUCGUAUGUGGGAUUAAAAUCAUGACUUUUUUUGAAUAUUUUAACUAGAUUUUCAGUACAAUGGCAUUUACGGCAACGCAGAGUUUAUGUGUAUUUCUAACGUAAAAAGUUACAUAUUUCUCCGAUUAUUUCGGGGUAUAUAUCUGUUACAAAUCAAUGUUGCAUCGGAAAUGCCCAUAGAAGGAAAAGGAGUAACCGAGUGUUUGGCUGAAGUGAAAAUAACAAAAGAGGACAUUACUUCUCAUCCACCAAAGAAUACAAUCGAAGUUAUGUGCUUUAUGAAAUGCCUUAUGUUCAGAAAUGGUAAAAUCGACGCUAAAGGCAAAAUCAACGUUGAAAAAGUAGAGGAAGAUUUGUCAAAAGUACCUGGCCUCACCGAUAAGCAAAAAGUGGACUUUAAAAAAUGCGUAAUUGCUGUAGACAAGAUAGAGAAAUGUGAAGACAUAAAGAAAAUACGUCUAUGUUGGUUGGCAUUAAGCAAGCAUCAUUGAUAUUGAG